AUGGGUCCAUCCUCUUACAGGGCGCUAUGGAGACAGCUUCGCUCACUUAAUAUGCCGGUUUCACUGGAGUUCGACUUGGUUGGACCGUCAUCCCGAAGCAGCUACUCUAUUUCCCUGUUGCGAAAGACUUCAGUCAAAUUAUUUGCACUUGCUUCAAUGGUCCCUCUCAGGCUAGUGCUCUUGCUUGCCUUUCUCCAGAAGGACUUAAGGUUAGCUUUGCUAAAGCGAGAUCUUGAAACUUUUAACCCAAUCCCACAAGUGAUUGGAUUCUACAAAGAAAACACAAACAUAAUCAUCGACACAUUCACUUCUCUUGGAUACGAUGUAUAUGGAGGAAAGAAUGCGCCUUACGUUUGGGUUCGCUUCCCGAACCAAAGCUCAUGGGAUGUGUUUGCUGAGAUUCUUGAGAAGACUCAUGUGGUUACAACUCCAGGGAGUGGGUUUGGACCAGGAGGUGAAGGGUUUGUUCGUGUUAGCGCCUUUGGUCAUAGAGAGAACAUCUUAGAGGCAUGUCGGAAAUGA